UGGUGUCACAAUAUUAUCAUCCCGCCCAACUGUAUCUCGUGUGGUCAGGUUGAGAUUUGGACAACUUUAAGAUGCAUUUAACCAGUGCUUUGGAGCUGUUUCCAGAGUUUGCUGUGACUCAGUUACUUUUCAAAGAUGUUAAAAACUGUGCAGAAUUGAGAAAGAUGGCAAUGGAGGGGAAAAUAGCCGGCGCGUUGAUCAACCCAUCCAUGGUGUUGGAUCCCUUCCAAACUCUUCUAGCAGCAAAUAAAGCAGUUCAUGUGCAGAAGAUUGGAAAAAUGAAGACAAGGAGCUUAUAUUCUGAAAUCAUCUUCAACCUUUCACCAACAAACAACAUCUCUGAGGCUUUUAAAAGGUUUGGGAUCUCAGAAAAUGACAAUGCAGUUCUGAUUGUCCUGGUUCAUAACAAAGAAGAAGCAUACAAUAAGGACGGUGUCCUGUCUAAGGUGGACGGCCAACAGAUCCCAGCUGAUCAGAUAUCCACUCUCAGUGAUCUUGCCAAGAUUAAAAAGCUUUACAAACUUGCACCCCAAGAGGAAAAGUGUGGGAGUGUUUUGGAUGCUCUUGUCUGCAGAAUGGCUGCUAAGGAUGUUGUAUAGCAUACUUUUUUCCAUGUCAGCAUACUGGUUAUGUAUUUAUUUCUGUUUAAACAUUAGAAGACUUUUUUAAAAUAAAAAACAAAUUUGAUCAGUUUGA